AAGAAUUUGUGAAUUUUGUUGAUGUUGUUGACGGACAACAGUCCUCUUUUUCGUCGUUCUUCUUCUUCCUCCUCCCUCAAUUCAGCGUUAAUUCUCCCAAAUUUCUGCAAUUUCUGCUGUCAGAAUCACAGGAUUUAGUUCCACUGAGUUCCCACCGUUUUCCCAGGUUUCUGUUGCUGGGAUCUUGUCUGCCAAAGUUAAAUGUGUCACCAAAGCUCCUGUCCACUUGUGACUGUGGAGGAGGAAGUUGCUGCUGAAGAAUGCCUCUUAGUUUACUGCAAACCCGUUGAAUUAUAUAAUAUACUUCAACGUCGUGCUCAUCAAAAUCCUUCAUUUCUUUCUAGAUGCUUGAACUACAAAAUCGAGGCAAAAUGGAAAACUGGAUUGAUGGAUGGAAAUGUAAUCUUCAACUAUAGGGACCAAAGCAACUUGCUUAGGAAGACCGAAGUUACAAGACAUUUUUCAUGUUCUUUUUGCUUGAUGAGAUGUGGAAGCUUCCAGGGUCUCCGUUCUCAUCUGAUCACAUCACAUGACCUUUUUAAAUGUGAAUUCUGGGCGACGGAAGAGUAUAGAGCCAUUAAUGUCUCCGUCAAAACCGAUGCACUACAUUCAGAGAGUACUGCCGGUGGAAUUGAUCCUCGGUUGCAAUUAUUUGGUUUCUGUUCAAGGCCUCGAAAGCGCAAACGCCCGGAAGAUCCUCUUGAGAAUGGGAAAUACGUAUAUCCCCAUGUCUUGGAGUCAGCCUUGCCUGCACUGGCCACUGAGAAUAAUGAGGGUGAGAAAAAUCCCAGCGCUUGUUCAAUGUCACGUAAUCCAAGAUCAGGGGAGUUGUGUUAUUCUUAUGAAAAUGGUAAUGCAAAUGGCGUCGAUUACGUGGCAGCCAACAGUAAUCUAGGGGUUCCAGUAGCUAGAGCUCAGGCCCUAGAAGACAUAGACUGCAUUCAAAUCACAUCUGGAGACAAGAAUACGUCUUCGGUGUUGCUUCCAGCUGCAAAGUCAAGAAAACUCUCUUCUGAGCGGACAGAACCUAGAAGCUCUACACUCCUGCAGAAGCGGCAGUUUUAUCAUUCUCACAGAGCUCAGCCAAUGGCUUUGGAACAAGUAUUGUCAGACAGGGAUAGUGAGGAUGAAUUGGAUGUUGAAAUUGCUGCUCUUGAAGAUAGAAGGAUGCUUGAUGAUUUUGUGGAUGUCACCAAAGACGAGAAACACCUAAUGCAUCUGUGGAACUCAUUUGUUCGAAAGCAAAGGGUUCUGGCUGAUGGUCAUGUUCCAUGGGCUUGUGAAGCGUUUUUGAGACUUCACGGCAACUUGUUAAUUCAAUCCCCUUCUCUUUUCUGGUGUUGGAGGUUCUUUAUGGUCAAACUCUGGAAUCAUGGUCUUCUUGAUGCCGGUACUAUGAAUAAUUGCAGCAUGAUUCUUGAUAAACUUCAACAUGAAGCUUCCACAAACGGAGAAGUUCCCGAACACAAACAAAUAUGAACCGAAAGAGAUGGUUUUCAUAAAUUAGGCAAAUAUGUAAUCCGAUCUGUAUGUUGUAUUUUAUUUUAGCAGAAAAAUGAUCGUCAUAGAUUGUCUAGCCUCCAUUUUGUAUAUUUACAUUUGGAGAGGGGUAUUGUUGCGAGUUAGAGAGACGCUUAGACUAAUAGAUAAGAGAGCGUCUGUCCAUAGCUGAAGGCCUGGAGUAAUGAAAUCACUGAUGAUUGUCUUACAGAGUAAACUGUAUGUAUGAUCUAUCUAUUGAAAACAUUAUUUUUCUUUAA